CAGCCUGUCAGUGCCGUGCUGAGGCUGAAGGAGAGCUGUGCUGCGCCGUGCGCUCCACUGUUCAGGAUCUCUGGAGCGACGGAGUCCCUCCUCGGCGCAGUCCGCUUCAGGCUGACAACCCGCAGCAGUCCCGCUCCCACGAGCCCGCAUGGGAGUACGACCACCACCCGCCGACAGCAUGCGCCUCUAAAAGCCUCAUCGUUCCUUCUAAGCCGACGGGGCGAAAGUCUGCACGCUCACUUUCCUUCUUCCUCCUGAGGUGAAACCGAGCGUCCAAGGAUUCCCUUUCUCAUAUUUUUUUUUUCGGACAGCCUCUCUCUCCCCCCUCUCUUUCGCCUCUCGCAGCCCACUGCUCAUUUUUUGACUUUUUUUUUUUUUAACCCCCUCCUCCUGAAACAAAGCGCUGUUGUUUCCACGGGUCUACCUGCACGUCCAGCACCCAUGAAUUCAGAUAAAAAUGUGUACCUCGGCAGAGACAAAGGCAUCAUGCGGAAGAGAGCCUUGCUCCUUCGGAAGGGUUGCAGCUUCGAGAUUACCAGCUCUGCCUCGGAGGACUUGGGCUGCAGGCGUGGAGACUUCAGCAGGAAACACUAUGGUUCGGUCGAGCUGCUGAUCUCCAGUGACGCAGAUGGGGCCAUUCAGAGGGCAGGGCGCUUCAGGGUGGAGAAUGGCUCAUCGGAUGAGACUUCGGUUUACACUCCGGGAACCUGGAGGAGAACCGAUGUCCAUCUGGAGAAUCCAGAGUACCACACCAGAUGGUUCUUUAAGUACUUCCUGGGAAAAGUCCACCAGAACUACGUGGGUACGGAUGCAGAGAAGAACCCCUUCUACCUGUCGGUCGUCCUCUCGGACCAGAACAACCAGCGGGUUCCUCAGUACAGAGCCAUCCUGUGGAGAAAGACGGGCACUCUGAAGAUCAGCCUCCCCUACAGCCCGACCAAAACACUAUCAGUCAAGUCCAUCCUGAGUGCAAUGAACAUGGAUAGGUUUGAGAAAGGCCCGAGGGAGAUCCUCAACCCGGAGAUUCAGAAGGAUCUGCUGGUGUUGGAGGAACAGGAGGGUUCCGUCAACUUCAAAUUUGGUGUACUGUUCGCCAAAGAUGGACAACUCACAGAUGACGAGAUGUUUAGCAACGAGACGGGGAGCGAGGGCUUCGAUAAGUUUCUCAAUCUGCUGGGUGACACCAUAACACUGCAGGGAUGGGCAGGUUACCGCGGAGGGUUAGACACCAAGAACGACACUACAGGAAUUAAGUCCAUCUACACGGUGUAUCAAGGCCAUGAGCUCAUGUUCCAUGUGUCCACCAUGUUACCCUACUCUAAAGAGAACAAGCAGCAGGUGGAGAGAAAGAGGCACAUCGGAAAUGACAUUGUCACCAUAGUAUUCCAGGAAGGGGACGAUGCGUCGUCGUCCUUCAAGCCAUCUAUGAUCCGAUCGCACUUCACCCAUAUUUUUGCAUUAGUUAGGUAUAAUAGCCAGAAUGACAGUUACAGGUUGAAGAUUUUCUCAGAGGAGAGCGUCCCCCUGUUUGGACCUCCUCUCCCCUCUCCACCUGUAUUUACUGAUCACCAUGAAUUCAGGGACUUUUUAUUAGUCAAAUUAAUCAAUGGAGAGAAAGCCACACUGGAGACGCCAACGUUUGCCCAGAAGCGUCAGCGGACCCUGGACAUGUUGAUCCGCUCGCUCUACCAAGACCUCAUGCCCGACCUGCACAAGGUUCCCUUUUCUCCUCAGAACAUGCUAAACCGACGGUCCUUCAGCGACGUGCUGCCUGAGUCUCCGAAGUCGGCACGCAAGAAGGAGGAGGCGCGGCAGGCGGAAUUUGUCAGAAUAGGGCAGGCUCUGAAGCUGAAGACCAUCGUGAGGGGAGAUGCCCCGACCAGCCUCGUUACCACAGGCCUGUGCAGAAAAGAGCCAUGGGAGUCCCAGUUGUUCUGCAGUACAUUCCCCUAUGAGAUCGUGUGCGCCGACUCCUGGGGUCAGUCUCUCCUGGCUGCCACCGACGCCGCCGGGGUCAUGCUGCUGGAUGGCCCCGAUCCAGCGUUGUCCAGCGGUGAGCCGCAGACUUUGCCCCCGGUGCAAGUGUUUGACAAAACCAUGGCGGUGAAGCAGAUGCACGUUCUCGAGCCUCAGGACCUGCUUAUCACCCGAGCCGACAAAGGAAAGGACGCUCGGCUGUAUGUGUUCAGGCUCAGCACGAUGAAGAGAGGCCUGGAAGAGAGGCAGCUCGUCAGGAGCAAGUGUGACAGCCGGGAGAAUAAACUGGAGAAAACUAAAGGUUGUCAUUUGUACUCUAUCAACACCCACCACGGCUCAGAGCUGAGGAUAGUAGCAGCCAUCAGGAACAAACUCCUCCUCAUCACCAGGAAGCAUCCGCGUUUCGAAGGGUUCAGCGCCAGCGCCAUGGGAGCCGACUCUCCGGUGGAGGAGUUUCAGUACAUACGGGAGAUCUGUCUGUGUGACCCCCCGGUGGUGAUGGCGCUGGUGGACGGGCCGACGGGCGAAAACGACAAUAUGAUUUGUGUGGCCUACAAACACCAGUUUGACCUGAUCAAUGAGAGCACCGGAGACGCCUACCGGUUACACCACGUGGACGCCAACAGGGUAAAUUUCGUAGCGGCCAUCGAUGUGUAUGAAGACGGGGAGGCAGGACUGCUGUUGUGCUACAACUAUAUUUGCUACUACAAGAAAGUUUGUCCGUUCAACGGCUCCACGCCGAUGAUCCAGUCCAACACCUCCGAUUUCCACUUCAGCUGGAACCAGAUGCCCAAUGCUAUCGUUUGUGCGUUUCCUUACAUCCUGGCCUUCACGACGGACUCCAUUGAGAUCAGACUCGUGGUCAACGGCAACCUCGUGUACACGGCGGUGGUCCCAGAGCUGCAGCUGACUGCUUCGCGGUCGGACAUCUAUUUCGUUUCGUCGGCUCCGGUGAGUUCAGCCUCCAACUGCAGCUCGAGAGACACCAGUUCCCAGAGUUCCCCGCAGACGCCCACCGGCUACGAGAUGCCAGUGUUCCCGUCGCCGCUCGGUGAUGAUUCUAUACGGAUCCCCUAUGGUACCAAGCUUUCCCUGUACAUGUCUAAGGAUGCCGAAGGUGAAGCAGCAUGUAAGCACAUCUUCAAGAUCCCAUUGUGUAACCUGGUGGGCCGCAGCAUUGAGAGACCCCUGAAGUCCCCUCUGGUCAACAAGGUGCUGACGACACCGGCCCCCACCAUGGUGGCCCCGACUCCGCUCAUCUCCGCCACGCACUCGCUGUCCCUAUCCCGCAUGGAGAUCAAAGAGAUAGCCAGCCGCACACGGAAGGAGCUGCUCGGCUUGACAGAGGAACCAAGUGGGAAACCAGACAGCGGAUCGGUCAAACAGAGGAAGAUGAGCAGGAAGAACACGGAGGAGGAGCCCAAAGCACGAGCACUGACGUCAACAAACAGCGACAGGUUAGCCUCAGAGUCCAUCGAAGCGGAUGUGGACGUCCAGCUGCACUGUUCGUCCGGUUCGGAGGCCGAGCCAGAGAAGGUGGUGCUGCGAGCGGAGACCCCGCCUCUCGCCAGCGCGUUCCCUCUCCCCAUGUCCUUCGAAGAAGAUGUCCUGGACCUAAAGUGAAGACAAUCCCAUUGUGCACUUCUCUGCCCACCCACUCCUGUACUGUCACCAUUAUUUUAUUGGUUUGCUUUUAAUUUGUUGGUUGUAUUCUUUUAUCCUGUCUUUUUUUUUUUUUUUUUUUUUCGUUGUUGUUGCUGUUGUUGUUUAUAUCCUGGUAUCUUGAGUCUCCCCAUUCAUCGGACAAGAUGGGUGCAGUGGGAGUUAGAAGACGUGCGUGUUUGUAUUUCGUGAGCAGCCCCUCUCAGCCCCUGUGUGUUGGGUGUUUGUGUUGCCCCUUCCUGCAGCAAAUAACCCAAAGAGGCCGCGAGGUUGGGUAAGAUGCCGCGCUUGAACUCCUCCAACAGCUUUCGAGAUGACAGUUUGACGCCACAAACUGAAUGUAAAUCUGCGCACCGAGGCACGACACAAAUCUCUGUAUUCACAAUUUGAAGUCACUAGAAAUUAAUAUGUUUUUGUAUAUUAUGUGAUUAUUUUCGGUCCACUUCCAGAUGUUGUAUGAUAUAUGCAUAUGUAUGUGUACAUCUGUUUAUACAUGAAAGUGCACACAGCGGCGGGCGCAUGUACGUGUCUGGCCUGUGAUGCAUAUUUAUAGAUAUAUUAUAUAAAUCAAUUUUAUUCCCAUAUUUAGUAAAAGUAUGAUGUUUUAUGCUCUCUGCACAUUUUAGUCCUUAUUCUUCUUCUCCUGAUUCACAGUGUACAGGUAGACAGGGCUGGAGGCAAAGUCUCCCACAAGUGCCAUUUCCCAGCACCCUCGAUUGAAGUACACCUCUGAUGGCCACCGUGUGCUGGCGUCUGAUGGUGGCGUCCGUGACUGUGGUCCAAAUUAGAUCACGACGGUGACCUUCCACUCUUAAUUUGGAUGAAUUCACUCCCAAAGCCACAUGUACUGAGAAAGGGCCGACCUUUAAUCUGCGUUUAAGCUGCCUUUGCAAUCGUGCAACUGUUGUGUCUGUAAAAAAAAAAAAAAGAAAAGAAAAGAAAAGAAAAGUCACUACUUCAUACCGCAACCUGAGACAACAGAAGAAGAAGUGUGUGGUGGUGGAGAUGGUCUGAGAUGUGAUGGUGCAUUGGAAGCCAUAACUGCAGAGUUUAGUCUAACUACACAAAUAAAGUGUGAAUACAUUUAUUUCUGUCAUUUUAUGUACACGGAAGGUUUAGAGGGUUAAUAAAAAAAAAUUAAAGAACGUAGUAGAAAUAUAAGAAGAAAGAAAUUGUAUUUGGUUAGUUAUAUAUUUAGGAAAAUGCCACCUUUACCCAACUAAAACUGAGAUCACAGCGUAUAACAUACACAGAACACAUAACUCUACAGCGGACUCUGCGCCCACAAGGACCAGCUACGUAAAAAACUUGAGGAACAGAAGCCCUGCGGGUUUUUUCAGCUGGGACACCUGGUGCUACAAAUGCUAUAGCUGACAAGCCUAGAAACUUACUAAUCAAUCGUGGUUUUAGGUCAGAUCCUAACAGCAGAUAUUCAAAGUAGUCUUUUAACUGGUUAUCCUUAAACAAAAUCUGUCCAGGAAACUAAAUUUUAUUCCUGCUUGUUUCAUUUUGCCUCUGGCUUUUGGUUAUUUAUAUUAUGGAAAUUGGAACCUGUUUCAUAAAGUUGGAUUUGGACUCGGAAGAGAGGGAUAUUAAAAACAGUUUGUUUUUUGUUUUUUUUUGUCUCUGAGUCACGAUCUUGCAAUAUCCUGCAUUUCCCAUGACACAGUGUGUCUCAUCAAACCCUCUCCACCUCUCGCGUGCCAAUUUCCGUCCAACUCUGCAACUCAGUUCGUAAAUAUGGGCUUUCUGCCACAUGCUGCAUUUAUGGCGUAUCCGAAAUACCGCGAUUAUGCGGUUUUUUGAACUUUUAAACAAAAGUUGCGACUGCAACUGGGGAAACUUUAGUAUCCAGACUGACUCACGUCCGUGCGAUUAAAUCCAUCUUAAAUACGUAUCGUUAGUCUAAAUAGCGUAAUUGCCUAAGUCAUUUUACAAUAUCAAUGAAAAUACCAAAAUAGUUUUUCUUGUUUUCCAAAAACGUUUAAAUAUGACUUAGGCAAUUAUGCUAUUAGGCUAACCAUAUGGUGUUAAAUUGCGGAGGCUUGUUAUUUUAAUCCCGUUAUUAUGGAGGGAAUAGUUCCUAUUUCUAUCAUCCGUCCAGUGUGAUCUGAAUGCAGCAUAAGUUCAACUCUAAUCAGGGUCAUUUUCCUCCAGAACCACACACAAUGUUUUUGUUUGUGUUCACAUGACAAGACCAAAAUCACUUGCAAAAUGAGUGGAAUGUCAAAAAAACAAAAGAACUAAAAGGCCACAAAGCAUGUGUUAGCCCAGGUCUUUUAUAGUGUCUCAUCCCCCUCCAGGCUCCGUUUGGCCAGGUGGAAACAAUCACCUCCAAUUAACUCACUGGCAGGAUAAAAAGCCUGCAACAUGCUGGGUCCUGAUGAAAGGCACACACCUUGAGAAGUCUGUCUUGUCGCUGCUUUGUGUUGAAGAUAAAUCAGUCCUGUGUAUCAGUGGGAACCCUAAUAUUAAACAAGGGGAGUGAGUCAGUCAAACCAAAGGCGAAUGCUUAGUAAAAAACCAGUAGUGGUGGUUCUGACUAUGUUGAUGUGGGUGCGAGAGCACUUCUAUACGGUGGUUUCACACAGCAGCCUUCCGAUUUUGCAUGAGCCUCCUCUUCCUCCUUUUCUCUCACCCCCUUUCCACUGCUCUCCUUGCCUGCUUCAGCGUCCGACACUAUAACGUAACUCAGAAAAAGGGAAGGGAGGGAAUUUUUACAAAGGUACUCUAGUGUUUAUUACUCUGAAUGAAGCCGGGUGACUGGGGGAACGCUGCUUCUCCCGCUUCCGUCGUUCCUAUUUCUCCUGUAUUUCCGUCAAGUAGUCUUUGUUUCUACCUCCCCUUGGCAUUUCCACAGUUUUUUUGUUUUAUUUUUUUAGUUUUUUUCUUUUUGUAUUUGAAUCUAUAUUUACUGUUUAGACUGUUGCUGAACCUCUCUGUGAUAUCAAAAUGAACGAAAAAUCUACAAAAAAAACACCAAGUGUCUUAAAAUAUUGUAUCGCCAUCGUUUUUAAUGCCAAGUACUACUUGUAAAUGUUUGUGUAUCAAAUGUGGCCUCAAAUGAAACUGAACUAUAUUAUUAAUAUUAUUAUUAUUUGAGCAUUUAUUUUAAACAAGUGCUGUAGACCACUGCUGUGAAAGUAGUUGAUUCUGUUCAUUGAUAUGUAAUAAAUAUUUAUGAAAUUUGAA